AUGGUUCAAAAAUUUGUUGGGUGUUACAAAAUAGCUCUUAAAGGAAAGAAAAGUGGGACAUCCGAGACUGAUGUCAUGGCAGAUGCACAUGCUAUUUUUGCUCAGGAUCAAGGUACAACAUUCAAUCUUGAGUAUGCAUGGCGAUUGUUAAAAGAUGAAGUUAAAUGGCGCAUCGUCGAAGAAUCGAUUGGAAAUUCUGUAAAAAUAACAAAGAUUUAUGCUAGUGGGGCAUCAUCGGAGAACCCAGAUACAACUUCAAGUUAUGAGUUUAACUCAUCAUCACUAAUGAAGCGUCCAAUGGGACAAAAAGCAGCAAAAAGGAAGGGUAAGGCAUCAGAAAUUCCAAAUGCAACGCAAGAUGCAAAGAAUAAAAGAGCAAUAGCAAUGGACAGACUUGCGCAAGCUAAGGAGGACGAGCUAGAAUUAAGGGUAGUGCAAAUGAUGAUGAAAGACACUUUUACUAUGAAUGAUAGUCAACGCGAUAUUCAUGAAAAAUAUUGUAAUAAGAUGAAAAAAAAUAUGGAAUGUAGUUAG